AGUAGGAUGGCUUUCUUGGACAACCCGGCUAUUAUCCUGGCUCACAUCCGGCAGUCGCACGUGACCAGCGAUGACACGGGGAUGUGUGAAAUGGUCCUCAUCGACCAGGACGUCGACCUGGAAAGAUUCCACCCGGCUUCGGCCAAUGGGGACGACAGCUCGGAAGGAUCCAGCGGCAACGGCGAACCUCAGGGUUAUAUGUAUUCUCAGUCCGUGGACAUUACCUCAAGCUGGGACUUCGGCAUUCGAAGGCGCUCAAAUACAGCUCAGAGACUCGAACGGCUACGGAAAGAGAGGCAGAAUCAGAUCAAAUGCAAAAACGUGCAAUGGAAAGAGAGAAAUAUCACCUGUUCUGCCGAGGAGCUGAGCCUUCUCUUUGACAAGAAGAACUUCAAGGUGAAGCCUGCCCAUGCUCCCGUGAAGCCAUCAAUCCUCUCGGUCCGGCUGGAACAGUGCCCUUUGCAGUUGAACAACCCUUUUAACGAGUACUCCAAGUUCGACGGCAAGGUAAGCAAGAACAAGACGCUUUGGAAGGGACCUGCCAACGCCAAGGUGCAGGACUUGAUUGGGCUCAUCUGCUGGCAGUUCACGAGCGAAGGACGGGAACCUAAGUUGAACGACAAUGUCAGCGCGUACUGCCUCCACAUUGCUGAAGACGAUGGGGAAGUUGACACUGAUUUCCCGCCUCUGGACUGCAACGAACCCAUUCACAAGUUCGGCUUCAGCACGCUGGCCCUGGUCGAGAAGUAUUCAUCGCCGGGCUUGGUGGCCAAGCAGUCCCUUUUUGUCCGAAUGUAA